UGUCCAAUCCCCACAUUCGUUUGAGUGACUCCUCAGCAGUUGAAGGCUCAUCAUUUUGGAUGCGAUGUGAUCUGGAGAAUGGCACAGAACCCAUUCACUACAUCUGGGAACAGGAGAAGCUAAGUGGGCAGGUCAGCAUACUGGCUGAGAGCAACAGCAGUCUGAUCACCAUUACCUCAGUUAACCGCAACCACACGGGAUGGUUCAGAUGCCAGGCCAGGAAUGAGGUCAAUCAGGAGCGCAGUAACCAGGUCUGGCUAGACAUCUUAUAUGGCCCUGACAUGCCACAGAUCAAUGCUUCUAGCUAUUCAGUAACAGAGGGAGGCUAUUCAGCACUGGAAAAAGGAAACAUCUCCCUCAAUUGUCAAGCCACUUCUAAACCUCUUAGCCAGUAUGUCUGGUUCUACAACAACUCAGAGAUCUACUCUGGACCACAGCUUGCAAUCAUCAACAUCCUGCGUGUGCAUGCAGGAAACUACACCUGUCUGGCCAAGAACACUUAUAUCAACAACCAUGCACAGAAAACCAUCACUCUCACCAUCUACUAUCCACCAGAUGGUGUUCCUUCAUGUUCUAUAUUUUCAACAAACAACUACACUGAUCUGGCUCUCUUCUGUUCCUGGGAAGGGGGUUACCCUCCAGCUACCCUCAACUGGAGUCCAUAUGUAAAUGGACAGAACUCACCGGGUAUUUCUAACGUCACUCGGAUUCAGGCAGGAGCUGAGAUGGCUAACAACUCUGUAUUCACCUGCUAUGGCUCACAUGUUACACUUAACAGCACCAGAACUUGCAGCACCAGGACAUGGCUGCCCUAUGGAGAUCCUCAGUGUUCUGCCAAUUCCAGCCUUAAUAAUGAGUACCUGAUAUUGGCCUGCUCCUGGGAGGGGGGUGUCCCUCAGACCUUGGUGUGGUGGGCUUCAAGUUCGGGAGACAUACAGGGUUUACCCGAGAAGAACUCCAACAUCCUGGUCCUGCGGUCAAGUGCCACUUACAACGGCAAAACCUUUGUGUGUCAUGCUAAACAUCCACUGAUUAAAGAGAGCAAAAAAUGUGUAGUAAUACUAGAAAGGCCAGUCUUGAUACCUCAGCAGAGUGUGGUUUCUGUUUUUGAGGGCAAUGAUAUUCAGCUCACAUGCAUAUUGAGUAAAACCCACCCUCCAGUCACAAAAAUCGUGUGGUACAAUAACUUAAAGCAGAAUGUGAUUGAAAAACCCAAGAAGUAUAUUGUUCAGCAAGCUGGAACAUGGACCGGUCUGACUGUACAGGAGACAGACCGCAAGGUUGACAGUGGUCAGUACUGGUGUUCUGCUACCAAUGCUCUCGGAGGAAUGGAGAUUUCCAUUUUACUGCUAGUGAUGAGUGAGUUCACAAAACCUUAA